AAUCUAAGAAAAUCAAGUUAAUAAGAUCCUAAAUUAAAUGUUGACACACUCUUUCCUUUUAAAAUUACUUUUUUUGAAAAAAAAUAUCAUUGAUGAUUUAUACAGAAGAAGCCUUUUCUCCCUUUUAUAAAAAGUUGAAAGAAGUUCUUUAUUUAACUUUGUUCAUUAAAACCAUAUUUAAGAAAAGAACUUGAAAAGGUAUGUUCUUCAAUUACUUUUCUAUCUUCCAAUUAUACUUAACGUUAUAAGUUUUUGCCUUCAUGGUUAUAUUGUUUUUUUUUUUCAAAUUUGUGUUCGUUAUCAUGAAACAAAAUUUUUGAUUAACUUCACUUUCUUAAACUCAGACCUCAUCUCUAUUUUUUAACAAAAUUAUACUAAAUAUAUGUUAAAUAAUAUGUUUAUUAGCAGAUUUUGUUUUCUGAUUUUCAAAGCAAUAUUAUUAUAACUUUGAACUUCCCGUUUAUUGUGCUAGAUGAAGGAAGUAACAAAAGGACGGACUCCUAAUUUCCCAUGUUGUUAUUGUGCAUAACAAUGUAUACUGUGCUAAAUAAUUUAUAUAAUUUUUUUUCUUUUAAUUUUGAGUAUUUUGCUUAGUUUGUGGUAGAUCAACAAACAGCGAGAUGGGACGUGCAAAACUGAAAAUGGAACUAAUAUGCAAGGAGAAAGCAAGGAAUGCAACAUUCAAGAAAAGGAAAGAAGGCCUAUUGAAGAAGUUGUAUGAAUUCACUACUCUUUGCAAUGUCGAUGGACUUAUGAUUUUGUAUGGGCCGAAUGGAUCCGAUCCUGAGAUUUGGACAAAUAGUAGCGGCAAUAGUAGUAGUAGUAGCAGCUUACAACAAGAAGAGAUUCAGAAGUUGAUUGAUCAGUACAAGAAGGAGAGUAAUUUGCAAUCUGGUAGUACUAAAACCUUUGACUUGUCUGAUUAUUUUGUUGAUCGAAACAAGAAAGUCGAAGAGGAGCUGAUGAAGUUGAGAAAGAUGAACAUGGAAAAGAGAUAUCCGUCUUGGUCAGGGUCCAUGGAUCGGUUAUCUGAAAUUGAAUUGAGACAAGUUUUAACUUCAUUGGAUUACAAAGUUGCAGAGGUGAAGUCUAGGAUUAAUUCGGUCAGAGGAAAUUUUCCUAGGGAAUAUUUGAUGGGAGGAGAAACAACAAGAUUAAGCCAAUUUACUCAUAUGGUCCAAGGAGGAAUAGAAUUGGGUGGCUAUAAUUAUGAGCAAUUAUUGCAAGUUCCAAUUUAUCCUUACUGUAAUUACAGUCAUCAAGAAAUGAUGAUGUUAACGAGGACUGAAAAUAAUUGGCAAUACAAUAGUAAUGGGGCAUCAUCAUCUUCCACUUCCGGUGGCAUUGGCAACAGCAACAUGAUGUGUGCAGCAUUGUAUGAGGCUACGACGACUCAUAACAUGAUGGGUAAUAAUCAGUUGACAUAUGGUGCAGCAGCUCCAACAAUCCUGCCGCCACCCCCAUGCAUCAUAUUUCCCAUGUCCCAAAUGCAACAUUCUUGGAACAAGAACGAGCAAGAUGACAACGUAAAAUUUUUACCUUAUUAGAGAAAGCAAUCAUUAUACAAGUUUUGAGUUUUUCAUUUGCACUUGGAUCUUCAUUCAUUCUAUCUUUAAAAGUUUUUCCUUUUU